ACUGUGUAUUUACCAUUAAAAAAAUGGAGGACAAGUACUUCCGGUUUUGUUUUAGCGUGAAAGUCAAGACGUUAUUACAAUCGACAUUAGUCGUGUCAGGAGCUCGGCUUCCCACGUUAUAGAGGCGUCAGUAACAUUGUUGUCUCAAAGUACAAAAUUUAAAGAAAAAUGUUCCUCACAAAUAUACUAUUUCGAAAAGGAAUUCCUGGCCGUCAGUGGAUUGGAAAAUACAGGAGGCCAAGGGAGGUCACAUGGCAGAUGAAGCGUGCAAUGAUUAGGAGGCUAGAAAUAGAAGUGCAAAAUGAGUACUGGAUAAGUCGUCCGUAUAUGACAGUGGAACAGGAGUACCGCCAUGCUGCACAGAGGAGGGCUGAAGAACGGAAGGCCAUAAUUUGCUUGAAGGAAUUUAAUUUUCCUGAUCACAAAUAUAUAUCAGAUCAUCUAAACCAUUUAAAUGUCACCAAAAAAUGGACAUAAUUUUUUUCUAAGCUGAAGAUAUGUUUCAUUAAAGUCUGUCAUCCAAUAUAUAA